AUGCCCGCCCCUCUGCUCAUGCUGCUGCUGCGCACGCUGCGGUCCCGUCUGCUGCCCGCCGCCCGCCUGGCCCGCCAGCACCUCCUGCCUCUGCUGCGCCGCCUAGCCCAAUGCCUGCGCUCACAGGACGUGCGGGACACCGUGCUGGGCUGCCUGCUGUUCAUCCUCAGCCAGCGACACUCCCCAGAUGCCGGGGAGGCCUCCGGAGCGGACCCUGAGGAGCGGAGGGAGAGGCGGGGCCCCCGAAAGUGA